UUAGCAAGAAAAUUAAAAUAAGGAGGUUAGCUACGGACUACGGUGAUAUCUUGUGGCCACUUGAAACCGUUCUUCCCCAAAACCCUUAAACCCUAACCAAUUCCGCCGUAAAAAUCCUUCAACUCGAAAAAUAGCGACAAUGAAGAACAAGGCUGCUUAGUCUAUUGUUUCCCGGAAUGCUUCACCGGCAUCAUUAUCGAGGAAUCCCUUUUCACUUGAACACAAUCUACUACUACUACAACACUAGUAGCAGUUCCAUAUUAAUGAUGAUGUGUUCCAAAUCACCCUCACCCUCUUCUUCCUUAUUGAACCACCCUCCUCCUCCUCCUGCUACUGCUAAUAAUAAAUAUAAUAAUAAAAUCAAAUUUAAGAGUUAUAAUGGUUUUAUUAUUAAACCCUCAAAUCCUCAUUUAUCUCUUCUUAAACCCCCGCCCUUCUUCUCUAUUAGUAAUAAUAACGUCACUUCUUUUUCUACUUAUGCCAAUAUUCCAAGUCCAGUUUCUGAAGCAUAUUUGGAGAAGUCUGAUGAUGAAAUAGUUGAUACGCCACAGCCACAGCUAGAGCGGCUUAAAGUGAAACUGGAGGAGGUUGGAAUACGCUGUAAAUCUUAUAAGACUGGACAGAUAAAUGGCUUACUUUGCCCUAUGUGCAAAGGCGGCGACACUGGGGAGAAGAAACUCUCUCUCUUCAUUGCUGAGGAUUGUAAUGCAGCGAUGUGGAAUUGUUUUCGAGCCAAGUGUGGAUGGAGAGGCAGUACACGGGGUACUGCAGAUGUUAGGUCAAGUUACAACAAGAUGAAUAAACUUCCCAGCAUGAAAAAAGCUAGGAAUAUUACAGAGAGUGAAUUGAAUUUGGAACCUUUGUGCAACGAUUUAUGUGAAUAUUUUGCCGAGAGAAUGAUAUCUGAAGAGACGUUACGGCGGAACUCUGUCAUGCAAAGACGAUAUGACGAUCAGAUUGUCAUUGCAUUUACUUAUAGACGAAAGGGGGAACUUGUUAGCUGCAAGUACCGGGAUCUUGCAAAGAAAUUCUGGCAGGAAAGUGAUACUGAAAAAGUAUUAUAUGGACUCGAUGAUAUAGAAGGAACAAGUGAUGUCAUCAUUGUUGAGGGUGAAAUGGACAAACUUGCAAUGGAAGAAGCAGGCUUCAGGAACUGUGUGAGUGUCCCUGAUGGUGCUCCUCCAACUGUUUCGUCUAAAGAUGUACCAUCUGUAGAACAGGACAAAAAAUACCAAUAUUUGUGGAACUGUAAGGAUUAUUUAGAAAAGGCAUCUCGCAUAAUACUUGCCACUGACGCGGAUGAGCCAGGCCAAGCUUUAGCCGAAGAGAUCGCACGCCGCCUCGGAAGAGAAAGGUGCUGGCGAGUCACGUGGCCUAGCAAAAACGAUAAUGAGCAGUUCAAAGAUGCUAAUGAGGUUCUGAUGUUUAUGGGGCCAGCUGUAUUAAGAGAAGCUGUUGAGUCUGCUGAAUUGUACCCAAUUAAAGGUUUAUUUUGUUUUAGAGAUUACUUCAGUGAAAUAGAUGCGUAUUACCAUCAAACCCUUGGUGCUGAGAUUGGAGUUUCAACUGGAUGGAGGGCGAUGGACGAUUUAUAUAAUGUUGUGCCAGGAGAGUUGACUAUAGUCACUGGUGUUCCAAAUUCAGGGAAGAGCGAGUGGAUUGAUGCUUUAUUAUGCAAUCUUAAUAAAAGUGUUGGUUGGAAGUUCGCGCUUUGUUCUAUGGAGAAUAAGGUGAGAGAGCAUGCAAGGAAACUUCUAGAGAAACACGUGAAGAAGCCAUUCUUCAAUGUGAGGUAUGGAAAAUCUAUCGAAAGAAUGAGCGUGGAGGAAUUGGAGGAAGGAAAGCAAUGGUUGAAUGAUACCUUCCAUCUCAUACGGUGUGAGAAUGAUUGCCUUCCAAGUACCAAUUGGGUCCUUAGUCUUGCGAAAGCUGCUGUUCUUAGACAUGGGGUGAAUGGGCUUGUGAUUGAUCCAUAUAAUGAGCUUGACCACCAGCGUCCCCCCAACCAGACUGAGACAGAAUAUGUAAGUCAGAUGCUAACUAGCAUCAAGCGUUUUGCCCAACACCAUUCAUGCCAUGUUUGGUUUGUGGCUCAUCCUAAGCAGUUGCAGCAGUGGACUGGAAAACCUCCAAACCUAUAUGAUAUAAGUGGAAGUGCACAUUUUAUAAACAAAUGCGAUAACGGAAUAGUUGUUCAUCGAAAUAGGGAUCCAGAUGAAGGUGCAAUGGAUCAAGUACAGAUUUGUGUACGAAAGGUUCGGAAUAAAGUCUCAGGAACAAUAGGUGAUGCAUACCUGAGUUAUAAUAGAAUAACCGGUGAAUAUAUGGAUAUCAAGUAGCCCAAGGAGAAGAGCCCAAGGAAGGGGUCCCUUUCAAGUCCACACUUUUGGUUUUAACGAUUUUUGUAUUAUAGUACAACUUUAUUAGCAUGAAGAUUAUCUGCACAGAUGUUGUGACACUAAGUUUAUCUUGAAUUCUUAAGGGGUUGGCAA